AUGGGUGAUGAUGAUGAUGUUGAGGAACCUGAAAAUGAACCAGAGGCUGUUAGGAAAGAACCAACCAUUGAGAAACCUACUCCUGUUUCAGCACCACCCAAAGAUGUUGAAAGGCAACUGUCAAAGAAGGAGCUUAAGAAAAAGGAAAUGGCAGAGUUGGAUGCACUUCUACAUGAAAUGGGCAUUGCAAAUAAAGAUAGUAAUACUGCACAAAAUGAGACAGACAAGAAGCAACUGGAGCAAAGUAGUGAAGGGGAGAAUAAAGAAAGUGUUGGUGCUCCUUCAGAGAACAGAAUCUUAAAGAAGAAGAAAUCCAAGAAAGAAAAAUCAUCAAAGGAACAGGAAGAACAUGAUCAAAAAUAG